AACGCGCGGAGGGAGAGAGACACAGGGAGACAGACAGAGAGAGAGAGAGAGAGAGACACCCGGGUCUGGUCGACACAGCAGCUCUUCAGCAGACACAGCCAUGGCUAACAUCGCGGUCCAAAGGAUCAAGCGGGAGUUCAAAGAAGUUCUCAAAAGCGAAGAGACGAGUAAAAACCAGAUCAAAGUAGAUUUGGUGGAUGAGAACUUCACAGAGCUGAGGGGGGAGAUAGCAGGUCCUCCCGAUACACCAUAUGAAGGUGGCAGAUUUCAGCUUGAAAUAAAAAUCCCAGAAACCUAUCCUUUUAACCCUCCAAAGGUGCGUUUCAUCACUAAGAUCUGGCACCCUAAUAUCAGUUCUGUGACAGGAGCAAUAUGUCUGGACAUUUUAAAAGACCAGUGGGCAGCUGCCAUGACUUUGCGGACGGUGCUGUUGUCUCUACAGGCUCUCCUUGCCGCAGCAGAACCAGAUGAUCCGCAGGACGCAGUAGUAGCCAACCAGUACAAGCAGAACCCAGAGAUGUACAAACAGACCGCGAGGCUGUGGUCUCACGUCUACGGAGGCGCUCCGGUCUCCAGCGCUGACUACAACCGCAAAAUAGACAAACUCUGUUCGAUGGGCUUUGAUAAGAACGCAGUAAUAGCGGCCUUGUCUUCAAAAUCCUGGGACGUGGAAACGGCGACAGAGCUGCUCCUCAGCAACUGAGGCAACGCAGCCAGAUAUUGUUGCCCAGCCAAAGUCCUGGCCCUAAUGGGACAGGAAGUGACAGCCAGGUCAGGCCCCUGAAGGACAUCACAUGCCACCCUUUUCUGCUGCGCCACAAUCCAACUUGUUUGUCUUUUAUUGUCCUCCGGGCAGAUUUGCCCGACAACCGACGGGAAACGCACCUCAACAAGAAAUGAGUGACCGAGUUUGCAAUGCUGUGCUUUUGUUUUUUUUUACUAAUUUCAGAGAAACCGCGUUACUUUUAGCCGCGGAUUAAGGAUCUUCUCGCCCUCUCCAGUCCUGAUGUGGAUCAUUGAGAGGGGGAGCUUCCAAUCCAACGCCACUCAAAUCAAAACGUUGGCCACGUGCGUACAGGCGACAACCCCCCCCCCCCAAACACGCUUUGCUACACAGCCAAAUACAAUACUCACUGAGGUCCUCGAAUGAUGUCGGACGUGUCGUUUAAGAGGCCGGGACUCCUCUGCAGGCCUGCAGUGUUUUCAUUUGUGGUACAUGGACUGUAAAGAAAUGUUAGGGAAGUGGGGUGUUGAUAAAACCUCAAAGCCUUUAAAAAAAGAACCCAUCUUCCCCACCACCACCACCAUAGUACAGUACUACAUGGAGUUCUCGUGCUCCCUCUCCACUGACUAAGACAGUUUCCAACCAGAGCCAAAAAAAAAAAAAAAAGGCAUACUCCAUCUCCUUGACUUGUAAAUAGUCCAGGUCUUGAUAAAGAGCCGUCUCGUUAUCACUAGAGUGCACCAUUGAUGGCUGGAUCUAUAUUUUGGAAGAAAAGAGGAAGCGGGCCCCCGGCUUCCUGGUUCUCUCACUAUGUACAAUAUUGCACGAUGAUGAAGCAUAGAAAAAUUGGGCUGUCGCAUCUCAGUUUCUCCUUUUGGGUCGAGACUUAUUCGUCCUCUUUUGUUUCCUUGGAAGCGAGCAUCAGCAGUAUAAAAAGCAUGGUUAUUUAUUGUGACAGUGUCAUGUUUCUUUGAUUAAAAAAAACAAACUGGAAACUCA